UACAAAAGAUAAUUAAACCACUUGUGUGUCUGUCUCUUGAAUUUUCAGUUCAAGAACCGAGGCAGGAUCGAAACAGCCUUAAUACUAUUCCCCGAAGAUGGAGGGUGGUUGCCUGCAAUCAUCAGCUAUAACCACCAUACCGACUUCUUUAACCAAAUGUGGGUUCAUUGAGAAAUCUUAUAUACACGGUCAGCUCCUCAAGUUUCCUCAUUUCAAUAAGUUCCCGCAUUCAAGAAAGCUCAAAAUUCUUGAUAUCAAAGCUCAAGCUUCAGUUGCUGCGAAAUUUAGGUCUGGGGCAGUUGAGGCAGAUUCAAAGGAGGUGGAAACAAAAGAUGAGAAUCUUGCAUUUGUUGCUGGUGCUACUGGUAGAGUUGGCUCAAGAGCAGUGAGGGAGCUUCUCAAGCUUGGAUUUCGAGUUAGAGCUGGCGUCAGGAGUGCCCAAAAAGCAGAAGCUCUUGUGCAGAGUGUUAUGGCAAUAAAGCUUGAUGUUGAAGGAUCCCAGCCUGUGGAAAGGCUCGAAAUUGUGGAAUGUGAUUUGGAGAAACCAAAUCAGAUUGGACCGGCAUUAGGCAAUGCAUCUGUGCUUCUAUGCUGCAUUGGUGCCGGUGAGAAGGAGGUGUUUGAUGUUACAGGGCCUUGUCGGAUUGACUAUCUGGCUACUAAAAACCUCGUUGAUGCAGCAACUGCUGCAAAGGUUAACCAUUUUAUUAUGGUUUCAUCAUUGGGUACGAACAAAGUCGGAUUUCCUGCUGCUAUUCUAAAUUUGUUUUGGGGAGUCCUAAUUUGGAAGAGGAAAGCAGAAGAAGCACUCAUAGCAAGCGGUGUUCCUUACACUAUAGUAAGACCUGGUGGAAUGGAGAGGCCUACUGAUGCUUACAAGGAAACUCAUAACAUCACCCUUUCAGAGGAAGAUACCCUAUUUGGUGGCCUGGUGUCGAAUCUUCAGGUUGCAGAACUUAUGGCAUUUAUGGCCAAUAACCGUGGGCUUUCAUAUUGUAAAGUGGUUGAAGUAAUUGCAGAGACAACUGCACCAUUGACCCCUAUGGAUGAGCUCCUCGCAAAAAUACCAUCUCAACGUGCUGAGCCAAAGGAACCACAAGCAGCAGAUGUGCCUAAGCCUGUGCCUCCAAAGAUUGUUGAACCUAAGGCUCCGAGCUCUCCUUCUCAAAAGGAACCUGCCUGGGCAAAAGCUAUGGUGACAAGGCCACUCUCUCCUUAUACCACUUACGAUGAUCUGAAACCACCUACUUCUCCCACUCCAACUCAACCCAGUAGCAAGAAAGAAAGUGCCAGUCCAUUAGAAGCAGUAUCAAAGCCUGCUACUCCAGAUACUCCACCUAUGCCAGCACCUGGCGUUGCUGAAACAAAACCAGGUCCAGUAGAAACAAAGACAACCAGGCCUCUUUCUCCUUAUGUUGCUUACGAUGAUCUGAAACCACCUACUUCUCCCACUCCAACUCAACCCAGUAGCAAGAAAGAAAGUGCCAGUCCAUUAGAAGCAGUAUCAAAGCCUGCUACUCCAGAUACUCCACCUAUGCCAGCACCUGGCGUAGCUGAAACAAAACCAGGUCCAGUAGAAACGAAGACAACCAGGCCUCUUUCUCCUUAUGCUGCAUAUGCUGAUCUCAAACCCCCCACAUCACCAUCUCCAACUGCACCAGUGGGAUCAGUCAUACCAAAAUCCGCCACAAAUGCGGUGCCCGAGACAGGUGACCGUGCGCCUCCAAUGGCAGCAACAAUCGACAAGCAACAUCAUACAGAGCCGAAUCAAAAGCCACUAUCACCCUAUCCCAUGUAUGAAGACCUAAAGCCUCCAGCAUCUCCAACGCCUUCACUGAAGCUAUAGAAUGUUAUAUUGCAGAGCUAAGUAUCAACAAUGACAUUUCAUUGGAGAAUUCCUGCAGCAUUUUUACUUGCAACCUAUGAAGAGGCUAGCAACAGAAACUGCGGAAUCCUUUUCUAUGAUUUCAUAAUAAAUGCUACUUGUAAUGUUUUUCUUAUUAACUGUAUCAUGAUUAUUCUCUUGACCAAUUUAACGUAAACUCAGCAAAAUCAAUCCGACAGUUUGACCUCUUUCUUGAGUAAUUUCAUGGACAGAACUUAGAAGUACAAUUCAUUCAUGAAAGGCCUCAAAAAGAUUUUGCUUGUGAUUAA